AUGGAAAAGGAAAGAUUUACAAUGCUUUUAUUGGAUCCUGGAGAAAUAUUUUUUGAGGAUUUCAGUGUUCAAAUAAAAUUAGAAAGAUCAACAGAUAGUAAACAAAAUCAAUGGCUAGAUGGUCGUUUAAAAUUAUGCUCUAAAUCUUUAGUUUUUGUUAGUAAAGAUAUUAAUCAACCAUUAAUUAAAAUUCAACUGAAAGAUACAAAUAUUGCAGAAAAAUGCAAUUCAAACGAUGGUCAAACUGGAUCAAAUGAUAUUUUAUUGGUUUAUUGUAAACAAUAUAUAGAAAUGUUAAAGGGUAAUGUACUGGCUCCUUAUAAAUUUGUACAUGAGCCGACAAACUUCCUAUUCUCUUUUAAUUAUGCCAAAGUAGACGAUUGUUUGCCGCAAAUGUCUCAACUUUUAAGAGCUGCUACGCUUCCAACCGCUGAACAAAAUUCGAUGAUUAUGGCAAUAGUGCACUCAAGGCAGUCACGAUUUUCAUUUGAUACAUCGUGGUUAGAGGAUUUGUAUGAACAAGUAGUAUUUGAGGUACAAGCAAAUAAAGUGUUACCAUUGGUAAUUAAUCCAGGAAGAAUUUUACUUACAACAUGUAGAAUAUAUUUUCAACCUUAUAAUAACAUGGAUCAAUAUCCAGUGCUAAAAAUAAAUUUAAAAGAUAUAAAAAAUGUAAUUAAAAGAAGAUUUCUACUACGUCAAGUGGGUCUUGAAAUUCAAUGGACACGUCAGUCCGAUAAUAAGGAUGAAUAUUUCUUUCUAUCGAUGAAAAAUCAAGAAGAUAGAGAUGCUUUAUAUACCAAUUUAUUAAGUCAAUCAGCCUUGAAGAUUGAAACCAUUCAUCAGAAUCAUAUGACAAUGCAAUGGCAAAAUGGUUCUUUAUCUAAUUACGAUUAUCUUUUAUAUGUUAAUAGUUUAGCAGAUAGAACAUUUCAUGAUUUAACUCAAUAUCCUGUAAUGCCAUGGGUUCUACAAAAUUAUUCGUCGCAUACCUUAGAUCUCAAUGAUCCCAAUGUAUAUAGAGAUCUUAGUAAACCAAUUGGGGCACUUGAACCAAAAAGGCUGGAGAGGUUGAAGACAAGAUAUUCCGAAAUGUCAGAGCCAAAGUUUUUAUACGGUUCCCAUUACAGUGCACCUGGUUUUGUACUUUUUUAUUUGGUGAGAAAAUAUCCACAUUACAUGCUUUGCUUACAGAAUGGAAGAUUUGAUCAUCCUGACAGAAUGUUUAACAGUGUAGCUGACGUCUGGAAAAAUGUUUUGGUCAACAUGUCUGACUUUAAAGAACUAAUACCAGAAUUUUAUGACACGGCUAGCAAUGGAGAUUUUUUAAUUAAUAAUUUUGGUAUUGAUUUUGGAUUUCGUCAUGAUGGAACGAAAAUUGCUGACGUAUACUUACCACCUUGGGCAGAAAAUCCAUCUAAUUUCGUUCAUAAAUUAAGAAAUGCUUUAGAAAGUGAUUGGGUAUCCAAAAAUCUAAACCAUUGGAUCGACCUAAUAUUUGGAUAUAAACAAAAAGGAGAAGAAGCUAUUAAAGCCAAUAAUGUAUUUUUUCACUUAUGCUAUGAAGGAGCAAUUGAUUUAGAUACUAUUAAAGAUGUCAAUGAUAGGCAUGGUUUGGAGGUUCAAAUUAUGGAAUUCGGUCAAAUUCCUAAACAAAUUUUCAAAUUACCCCAUCCAAAGCGCUUGAUAGCAAUUAAUUUCAUUAGAAGCGAAACUUGUUUCUCGAUACAACAAACUUCAUUGUCUGAGAAUAAAAAAAUGCCAAUUAUUGAAUUAAAUAAUUCUAUUACAUUUCAAUCUCAUAAAGAAGCUGUAAGUGCUGUAAUCAUUAUUGCCGAUGGAAUGCAAGAUGAAAAUUUAGUUUCAGUUGGCCGAGAUGGUGUUUUAAAAAUCUAUUCUCUGAAGACUGGCAAAUUAACACGAAGUAUUGCAUUAUCCUCCGUUCCUUUAUGUUCAUGUGCUUAUUAUCAAACACUUUCAAAUGCUAAUGUACUUGUAGUUGGUUCAUACGAUAACUCAUUAAUUUUCUAUGACAUUGAAUUUGGUAAGAUUUUCGAUAUAGUAUAUGGGCACGAAGAUGCAAUAUCUUGCUUGGCUUAUAGUAAAAUCAAUAACAUCAUUAUAUCAAGUUCUUGGGACUGUACUACAAAAAUAUGGCGUACUUCGGCUCCUGACAAGAAAAUUAAACUAGUAGAACGCUUUGUAGCCGAACUUCAUCAUGAUUCUCAAGUCACCUGUAUGAAUAUCUCUAGAGAUGAAACUUUGUUGAUUUCUGGAACAGAAGAUGGCGAAGUUUUUCUGUGGAAAUUGGAUGAUUCGUACAGUCUUCAAUUUUCUGUUAAACAACACACAUCAAAAAUCAAUGCAAUAACAUUUGAAUCGGAAUCCAAAAAUAUUAUAUCAUGUGCAAGUAAUAAAUUACUAAGUGUUAUCGAUGUACAAACGAGUACGCAAACUUACUUAAGAACUUUAGAAGAAGAACCUAUAUGUUUGGCAUGGAUCAGUUCAUAUUUAUUAAUUGGAGAUAGCAAUGGAGAUCUUUUAAUAUGGGAUCCACAGAGUGCUGCAUUCAUUUCUAAAUUCCAGUGUCACCAAGGGCCGCUUAUUUCGCUAACAGUAUCAUUAGACAAUAAAAAAGUGAUAACGGGUGGACAAGACAAAAAAGUUAUUGUAUGGGAUUGUAUAAAAAAUUAAAAAUUAUAGAAAAAUAUUUA